AUGCAAGGAAGCAGUAGGAGAGUCUCAACAAGAAACACUAAAUCGAGGAUGAAUGAAGCUAGAGGCGGAAUCAAGGUCACGGCCGGCGCAAAGAUGCACGAUCACGAUAGCAGUGCGGGCCUCCGGAGGCUGAGGAGAAACCAAAGUGACAGUGUCGCCUUCGAGAGGGAAAAAAGAAGCAAUUGUGCACCAUCGGACAAGGAGGAGAACGGUUUGAUUGGUAGAAGUCCGGUCAAGCUCCGAAAGACCCAGUCGGACUUGUCGAACUCUCCCAAGACUCCGGUUGGAAAUUCGCUCAACAUCGGAGGGGAGGAAGAAGUGCCGACAAUUGGUGAUGACACUGAAGUCGCAGUGGUGAUGGAGGAGGAGGAGGAGGAGGAGGAUGUUGAGACCGAGACAGGGGAGGGAAAGAAGAGCUUUGUCGACAAAGAAAUGGAUCAGCCAGAUGAGAAACCAAAGACAGUGCAGGAGGAGGAGGAGGAAGUGGAGGAAGAGAUUCCUGCGCUGUCACAGGAAGAAGAAAAGAACCAGAAUCUUGUGAGUAUGUCACCAAUGGAUAUUGUAGAAAAGAAGCAGAAUCUUGUGAUGGAUUACAGGGCAAUGAAGCCGGAUCCAGCAGUGAUACCUCAGUUUGAUGCGGAAGAAGAAAUGUUUCAGAGCACCUGCAUCAAGCACAACCGAAUCCAAAGCAUCGAGAAUUUGGUUAUGUGGAGAGAUGUGUCGAGAUCAGCCUUCGUGUUCGGCAUCGGAACCUUCUUCCUCGUUUCGUCUUCCUAUGCCAAGGACAUCAACUUCAGCCUGAUUUCAGCAAGUUCAUAUGUUGGACUUGUCUAUCUUGGAUUUGUUUUCCUCUGUAAGUCCUUUAUGCACAGAGGAGAAACAAUGCGGUAUGGUGAUGGAGAUGAGAGGUGUGUGGUGGGAGAAGACGACGCAAUCUGGCUUCUAAAGAUGCUGCUUCCUUAUAUCAAUGAGCUACUUCUAAAGUUCAGAGGCCUCUUCUCUGGGGACCCAGCAACAACAUUGAAGUUGGCAGCCCUGCUAUUUGUGAUGGCAAGGUGUGGGAGCACCAUCACAGUGUGGAGUCUUGCAAAACUGAUAUUCUUUGGAGUCUUCACCAUCCCAAAAGUGUGCUCUUCCUAUUCCACUCAGCUGGCAAAGUUGGGCAAGUUUUGGCUGGAUAGGCUUAGAGAUGGAUGGGAGUCAUGCACCCACAAGAGAGCUGCCGCCGCUGCCAUCUUCGCCCUCAUCUGGAACAUUUCCUCAGCUGUUGCUCGCAUUUGGGCAUGUAAGCACCCUCCACAUGUUCGUUACUUAGUCUCCUCAAAGAUUAAGAAGAAACCUCCACGGCUGUACGAUAAUAGUUUCCACUUGUUGUUCUGUUCUGAGGCAGUCUUCAUGCUUGUGGUGGCUGUGAAGCUCUACCAACAAUGCACAGCAGAACACAGCUGGAAUAACGGGGAGGAGGAGGAGGUGGCAGAGGAAGAGGAGGGACAAGAAGAUUCCAUGGCAGGACAAAACCAGGAACUUGGAUUACACCGACGAAGAGGUGGGCCAACUAGAAAUGAAGUGGAGAGAGUGGAUGUAAAAGUAGAUCUAGGAGAAGAGGCCGGAAAAAGAUCCAAGUGAUGCUGGCAGUCUGACACAGAGGACAGCAGACAGAUCAGGAGAGGAAGGUGGGAGUCAUCUUAUAAUCUUAUCAAGGCAUCUUCUGCACGGUGACGAUUUCUUGUAAUGUGGUGAAGGCAUCUCCAACCGACACAUGCUAUGCUUUCUUAAUCCCUCCCCACAGUGAAACACCAUGUGCUAUAUCUUAGCCUGAUCUAAUAAUAACACUGUAAUUCCUCUCUG